AUGGCGUGGAAUAGAUUGCAGAAAUAUUGUCUUGAAUUGAACGUUUUCGCGACCGGUUCAAACGAUAUACAGAUCAUUCUUCAUCAACGAUGGUCAACCCGUGUCUAUAUCGUGUUGUUUGCUGUCGUUUUGAUUGUUGUUGGUACUAUUGCUGGAUUUGAUGUUCGAUCAAUAGAUAAGAUUGUAUAUUCGCCGUCACAGUCUCAGUUUAUCAAAUUGGUUGAAAAAUAUCCCAAAACACUCAGAUGUCCAUGUUCCAAGAUUGGUAUUGCUUAUGAAACAUUCGUUCAUACUCAUGUCAAGUUCCAUCAUGUAUGUUCGAGCGCAUUUGUUACUCAAGCAUGGAUUAAUUCAAUAUUUUUACAAAAAAAUCACUCUUCUUCAUCUACAUAUGAUAUUCGAUAUUAUCUGAGAUAUUUUUGGGAAAUAAUAGCUGGUUUUUGUUCUUUCAGCAAUAGUACAUGGAUAGAUGCUGUGACAAGUUUUGGCGCGUUACGCAUUGUUAGUCCAAUAGCAGUUGUUGAAGAAAAUCUUCGAAUUCAAGCUCAAACUACACUUGAUAGUUCUAUGUCAUUUGCUCAAACUGUACUAGUUCGUAAUUUGCUUGCUAUUCGAAGUAUAAUUGCUGGAAAUCAGUUCGUAUCUGGUUUGACUACAAAUUAUUAUUUAAGUUAUUCACCAUCAGGUUUCGGUAAUGAAGCUACUCCAAAAAUGUUGCCAAGAACAUACAAUAAUUGUUCUUGUUUGAAUUUUCGUGGUUGUCCACAUCCCAUUAUCAUCAAUACUAGCUAUCAUCAAUUGUUUACAAUACCUGGUAUGAUUGGUGAUUGUUUUAUUGUUGAUGCUACUAUGAUACGUGAUCAUGUUAGAAAUUUUCUAAGCAAAAUUGCUCAAAAAAUGAUCACUUUGAAUCUUUUCAAAACAAAUGAAUUACAAACACCGAUGAAUAUACGUCGACAACAAAUUUUAACACGAUGCUUCAUUCUCUUACUUGUUUUGUGUUCAAUUACCAUUGGAUUUUAUAUAUUUCUUUCCAAUCAAGAUCAACUUGUCACUAUUGAAUAUCCAUCUCUAUCGAAAUAUGAAAUAUUAUAUGAACAACAUUCAUCAAAUCUUUUAUGUCCUUGUUCACAAUUAUCAGUUUCAUACGGUAGAUUUCUCAAUGUAACAUUUGUAUUACAUCAAAUAUGCAAAAGUAGUUUAGUGUCAUCAAUGUGGCUUAAUUAUCUAUUACUUGUCAAUCUAAAUCGUGUACCAAUUUGGACAGAAACUGAUUUCUCACGUGAUUUUCGUACUUAUGGUGCAUCGUAUUUUCAAUUUUUGGCCACAUAUUGCCUUCUUGCCGAAAUCAACAUUGAAGAUGCCCAACGUAUAUUCUUAUCUACACAAUUCAUUAAUAAUUAUCUGCCAUCUCAAUCACUUUUUUUUCAACAAGUUAAAUAUAUUUCUGAAUCAUUCAUUGCUAAAACACGCCAUGAAUUCGCACGCACGUUAAACUGGACUCAGACUGCUACCAUGGUUAGUCAAUUUUUGACAGGUGCAAAUACUAACUUUCACAUAACAGUCGAUAUUGAUGGUCAAGUAAUUAUUAAUGAUGUUACCUUUCUCAUAGUAACACAAAUAACUCAUCACUCUUUAUCGACUAGUGGAAGUUGCUCUUGUGGAUUCGAAGACGAAUUAUGUUUUUUGAAACCGAUUAUUUAUACAAAUGGAUCAAAUGUAUUGGACUUUUUACAAAUAUUUCAUGAAUUAAAGAUUGGAUGCAUACCUAUUUUUGGACUUUUCCUGUCAGAGAUCGAUUGGUGGUACAAUAUAACAUAUAUUGAAAAUAUUCGAAUGACAUACAGUAUGAUAAUGAACUCUCAACCUUCAUUCGAUAUCAAAUCACUCAAUCGGUCAGUUCCAACACGAUUUGAACAUUGUUCAUUGAAUAUUUUGCUCCAAGAAAUGUUUAUAGAAACGGUGAUAAGCAACAACACGCGUUUCGAUCUUUUUUAUGAACAAUGUGCACCUGUCGCUUGUUCAUAUCAAGUCGUACGAAGACGUGAGAUUAUUAUUGCUAUUAUAUUACUCAUUAAUGUCUAUGGAGGACUUAGUCGAGGACUUAGAUUAAUUAUACCAUUAAUUGGCAGCCUUAUUUACUUUUUUAUACGAAAAUAUCAAAAUUCGACUAUUAUUCAUGAACUUAGAUCCAUUGCUUCUCGUCGAAAAAGGUUUCUGAAUGAUUUGGUUCAAACAAUUCUAGCAAUAAAUUUAUUUAAAUCAUUGACAUCUGAUCGAACAAGUGAACAUAAACAGAAAAUUUAUAGUCGAGUUUAUCUUAUUCUUUUCAUUAGCAUUCUUGGCAUAGUAAUGUUUUACUCGUCUAUUAUUGGUCGUGUUAUUCGUAAAACACAUUUACAGCCAUCGAUUGAAGACUACGAACAUUUACUAAAUCUUCAUCCUGAUGGGGUUGACUGUCCUUGUACAAGAAUUUCAAUUCCUUACAAUACAUUUGUGACUCAACUUAAAGUCGAUUUAUAUCAUCAGGCAUGUACUACUGAUGUAAUUGAGCGAACUUUGAUCAUGGGCAGUAUUAUUGAUCCUGCAACUACAUACACUAAUAGGAUCAAUUUUCAAUCAUGGCGAUUUUCUUUCAUCGACGGUCUCAAUAGGCUAUGUCAUUUAGCAGAAGAUAGUAUUACCAAUGAUAUUGAAGCAUUUCUAGCUUCAACUAUGCUGACCUAUCAGUUAAUACCGCGCAUUCAAUUCGAUAAUGAAAUGAAUAUCACAUUGAAUCGAGUGAAACUAUCUACACCUAUAGCAUUCACUCGAAUAUUGGAAUUACUUCGUUUGAUUAGUCAAGCCAAUGCAUUGAUCGAUGUAUUUUCAUUGAGUUGGAACUUUGUCAUGACUGAAAAUAGUCAAGGUACAAAUGCUUCAUUUGUCAGUGUAUCAACAAAUCAAUAUACAACAUGUUCUUGUGCCACUGAACGAUCUUGUUCGAUGCCAGCUCAAUUAGUUUUUCCUAAUGGUACAAGUUACUACACAUUUCGAGACGAUCAAACAUUAGGACGUGACUAUGGUUCAAACGAGAAUUCAACAGGCUUUCCACCAUCUGUUAUUGCUGUUAUUGUCAUUAGUUCAAUUCUUUGUUUCGUUACAUGUUUAAGUUGUUGCAUACAUUCUCAACAACGCCAAAAUGUUCCUGAUGAUUACGGUAAUUCGGAUCCUACAAUUAUUACAAAUCUCUAUCAACAACAGGCUCUUCGACGUCCAGUACGAGUCAUUCUUAUGCGACCUAUUAAUAAUGUGGGUGUUGCACCGCAAUCUCAAGUAUUUCCUAGUAUAUAUGAAGGCUCACCUCCAUCUUACGAAGUAGCAACCGGUAAUCUUUCACAGAUGCAUCAACUAUCACCACCUUCAUCGAUCACAGCGCGUACUAAAUAA